AUGCCACCGAAAAGACGAAAGAUGAGCUCCGUAGCUGAGGAUCCAGUUUAUGAAGUAGAAGCAAUCAUCGGCCAUUUGAGGUUACUGGCUGAAAUUUUUGGGUUUGAUUAGAACAACUUACUAUUUAGUUUUGAAGAAGCUCACCAGCGUGAGCUGAACGGUAUUUUGAAACCCAAACUCACCCUUUCCAUGAAGGAAAAAUCAGCUAAAAAGCACAGUAAAUACGUUUUCCUGGUUGGUUUUUUUUCAUAGCCAUAUCUAAAAAUUUUCAUAUCUAAAAAUUCUCAAUUUUUUCAGACGAGAUGGCUCGGUUGGGGCGAAGCUGGCGAUACCUGGGAGCCAGAGUCCAAUUUGACGACCUGCAAAACCAUUUUGAAGGAGUAUAAGAAGAAUAAUAAUCUGCCCAAGACACAUCAGCGUUUCAUCCAGUCUUUUUACCUGGAGUUGGUGUCUUGAUUUGAAAUUUAUGGGUUUUUUUGUAGGCAAAAAAAUAUAGUUAUGUAUUCAAGGAAGUCUCAAAUAAAUUUUUUUGCAGUUCGUUAAUUUUAAUUUUUUUCAAAUCGAGAAAAAGGUUUUUUUGAAAAUGUUACUAUUUGAAGGUGAGACUCGACCUCAAAUCCCGAGGAACAAGGUGGAAAAUGUUAUCGAUGUCAUAUCUUUCGAAAACUGGACUUAUGUGGAGAGAAGUGUCAGUUUUUUCUUCAAGUAUUGAAAUAAAUAAAUAAAUCUCUUUAAAGCAUUUUUGUUCGAUUUAUGACGCGACGUGGGUUUUGACCGGUUCAAAUCAGCCCGUAAAUGUAACUGUAGCGGUGAGAAAAUAUCAAUAGGAUAAAAUUUUGGAAAAUUUUGGAGAUCUUCAGGUCUAUCCCGAUGAUAAGCAGACGAAAAGCAUGAUAAUUGCGUUGAGGCUCAUCAAGUCGGUUUUUAUAGUCAAUGUUUCCCGGCUUGAAAGGGGAGGGAGGCGGGGCAAGGGGCGGGACGCGUAGCGUGUGCGUUCGCGGUUCUUGGCACGAGUUCAAUUUAAUUGCCUCCGAAUAUUUAAAAAAAGCUUGGCAACCACUCUUUUUCAAUGUUUUCUACUAUUUUUGAUGAACAUAUGAACAUAAACAAUAAUUAUUUGAAAAAAAGGAAUGAAAAAAAGGCGAAAAAAAUGAGCUCUCUGAAUGCUCGCUGGCGGUUGAAUUGAACUCUUGCCAAGAACCGCGUACGCACACGCUACGCGUCCCGCCCCUUGGCCCGCCUCCCUCGCCUUUCAAGUCGGGAAACAUUGACUAUAUUAAUUCUUCGAAAAAUUUCUAUGAUGGAAAAAAAUUUACGAUUUGAUCAUGUUCUUGAAAAAAAGUUAGUUAGUAAAAUGCUUAUAAAACUAGAAAUUUUUUUGAAAAAAAUCUUGUUCAAUUCUCUGUUAUGAGAGUUAAAGUUUCUAAAUUAACGAAAAAUAAUGUUUAAAAAAUAUUAGUCUGAAAUCUGGCUUGAAAUUUUUUGAACUUAAAUAUUUUAAAAAAGCUUUUUUGCUUGUCCAUUUUGUUUUCUGGCUGUUUUGUCGUUUUUUUCUAAAAAAAUUGCGUGAAACAUUUCUAGUAUCAUAUUUUUUUCCCUGGAAUAUUAAAAAAAUUUCUUUUUAGAAUCACUCUUAAUUUUUAGAUUUUCAGAAUUUUUUUGUCGUUUCGAUGUGUUUUUUUAGUUACGCGGAACUGUGUACUGACUUGAAACUUUUGAAAAAAAAAUUUUUUCCAGACACAAUCUGAUCGUUCGCUGUUUCGGAAGGACGGUUUUGAACGGAAAAAUCGGCGUCGUUUUCGAAAUGCCUGAAAAACGGCCGUCGCUUUAUUCAAGCGAACCGAGAAGAUUUUUUGAGAGCGUCAACGGAGAGGAAUCGGUCAAGAGGUGA